AUGUUGCCACUCACCAACUCUACUUGGUUGGACUUAUGUCUUGCUGGUGUCGCAGUGUAUUUGGUAAAGCAGGUGUUCAUCAAGAAGAACCCUGUAUCAUAUCCCCCUGGCCCCCCGGGAUGGCCUCUCGUUGGGAACGUGACAGACAUGCCUCGCAUCAAGCCUUGGCUGACCUUCACAGAGUGGGGCAAGAAGUAUGGUGAUAUCUCGCAUGUCGAGGUUCUGGGUCAGCACAUCAUUGUGCUGAAUUCUGUUAAGACCGGGAUGGAAAUGCUGGACAAGAAGAGUAACAUGUACUCUGACCGUCCUGUUCUUCCGAUGUGCGGUGAACUGGUUGGCUGGAAUCUCUCUUUGGGUCUUCUCCCUUAUGGUGACCGUUUUCGCUGGUACCGCAAGAACAUCCACCGUAUCAUUGGCAGUCGCGCUGCCAUGGAUGUCUACAACCCCAUCGAGGAGAUUGAGACUCACCGAUUUUUGAAGUGCGUACUAACGAAACCCGAUCAACUCCAGGCGCAUGUUCGACACACCGCUGGCGCUAUUAUUCUGCGAAUUUCUCAUGGUUAUGAAGUGAAGGAGAACAACGAUCCCUUCAUCAAUCUUGCAGACCACGCUAUGAACCAAUUAUCGCGGUCCAGUGCUCCCGGUGCCUUCAUGGUUGACAUCAUGCCAUUUUUGGCCAGGGUCCCUGAGUGGUUCCCUGGUGCUGGAUUCAAGCGCUUAGCCCGUGAAUGGUACGAGACCCGCGAACAGAUGGUUACUGCACCCUACAAGUUCGUCAAGGAUCAGAUAGCUGCUGGCAUUGCCCCAAUGUCUUUCACCUCGAAUUUGUUGGAAGGUCGCACUUUAUCUGCGGAAGAGGAUAAUAUGGCGAUGUGGUCUUCUGCAUCCCUAUACGCUGGUGGUGCCGACACGACGGUUUCUGCAAUCUACUCGUUUUUCCUAGCCAUGACACUCUUCCCCGAUGCGCAGAAGAAGGCUCAGGCUGAAAUAGAUGUCGUUGUCGGUCCCGAUCGCCUUCCCUCUUUCGCCGAUCGCGAAUCUCUCCCAUACACUGAGGCUCUUGCGAAAGAAGUCUUGCGCUGGAAUACCGUAGUUCCAACCGCUAUUCCCCAUCGUGUUACUGAGGACGAUAUACAUGAUGGGUACUACAUUCCAAAAGGCUCCUUGGUCAUACCUAACAUUUCGUUCAUGCUCAACAAUCCACGAACAUAUACUAAUCCCUCGCAAUUCAAUCCUGAACGCUUCUUGGCUAAGGAUGGACAGGAACUUGAGCUGGAUCCUCGAACUAUCUGUUUCGGCUUUGGCAGACGGCAUCGAUUAACAACACAGUCCUCUGAUUCGCUUGCUUUUGAUUGUAUAGGUCUUCAUCUCGCUGAUGCCUCGGUUUGGAUAUCUACCGCGAUGUCACUCGCAGUUUUUGAUAUCUCCAAGGCCAUCGAGAACGGUGUUGAGAUCACCCCCGAGCUUGACCCCUCAUCGGGUUCAAUCAGCCAUCCCAAGCCUUUCAAGUGCUCUAUCAAGCCUCGCUCUGCGAAAGCCAUCGCGCUCAUUCAGCAGGAUGCUAACUACUAA